GCGUGAUACGGAACGCACCUUUCAGUGAUAUGAAGAGUGUAACCAGCUAAGAUGGAAAUGUAUAACUGACAGUGGAGAUCAACGUCGACUUGGCGGAGUGAGACAUGGGUUCUGUCACAGAAAUGACGAACAACGAUCAUGCUUACGGGACGUUAAACUUUUAUCCCGGUUUAGGACUGGCGAUUAUUUCCAGCGGAUUUAUAGGUGCCAGUUUUAUCGUGAAAAAGGUGGCUUUAAUUCAGCUGCAGAAGUACGGCGGGCUGCGCGCGUCGUCCGGUGGUUUCGGCUAUUUGAAAAAAUGGAUAUGGUGGGCCGGAUUUUUAUCCAUGGCGAUAGGGGAGGCGGCGAACUUCGCUGCGUACGCGUACGCACCAGCGUCGCUCGUGACACCGCUGGGCGCCUUAAGCGUUCUAGUAUCUGCAGUAUUAGCAUCCAAAUAUCUUAACGAAAAGCUCAAUUUGUUGGGAAAGAUAGGCUGCUUGUUAUGUAUUUUAGGUUCCACGAUAAUAGUAUUACAUUCCCCAAAGGAGGAAGAGGUCAACAGUUUCAGCGAGCUGAUCGUCAAGAUAAGAGAACCCGGUUAUAUGCUGUACGUUUUAAUUGUGAUAAUGUGCUCAUUGUCGAUCAUCUUUCACUUCGGCCCGGCGUACGGUCAGCAGAAUAUCCUUGUGUACGUCUGUCUGUGCUCGUCCGUCGGCUCUCUGACCGUUACGAGCUGCAAGGUUCUGGGCCUGGCGUUGAGGAAGACCAUCUCCGGUGAGGAGAACGCGCUCGGCAAUUGGCUUACGUGGGUCUUCUUCUUUAGCGCUAUCCUCUGCGUCAUGAUACAGAUGGCUUAUCUGAAUAAGUUGCUCGACCUGUUCGACACGUCGGUCGUUACGCCAAUUUAUUACGUUUUCUUCACGACUCUGGUGAUAAUAGCGUCCGCGAUUUUGUUCAGGGAAUGGACGAAGAUGAGCGCGGAAAAUAUUCUAGGCGCCUCCUGCGGCUUCCUCGUAGUUAUAGUCGCUAUAUUUUUGCUGAACGCCUUUAAGGAGGUGGACGUGCAUUACGGUAAUAUCAAGCACUUGUUUAGGCCCAAGAGGGAGAUGCUCUCGAAUUAUAAUUCGAGGUGGGACGAUCAGGAGGGAACGAGAGCGUCCAGAGUGGAGUCCCAGCACUUGCUUAAUCAUAUGUACAAUUCGGAUCUUACUAGGACUAUUUAAAUAUUAAAUUUUCACAGAAAUGCAUACAGCUUGCUGUGUAUUAAAAUCCUGUACAGCGAUCGAGAGAUUUAGGAGGAUAAUUUGUUGAUCCCUUUACAACCGAAUGUAUAUAUGCUGUCUUCGAAAGUAAUAAAAUUCGAACGUUUUUCUAGCGAGUUCUAUCGUGAGUGACGCGUGUCUCGUUAUGAAAACGGCCGACUGGUAGACGGUGGAUCCCAAGUUCAGAUUGUAUCACAUAUGUCCCGCAGUCUUUGCAUGUCUUAUACAUUAUUGUUUCCAUGGAAAACGAUGAGAAUAUUCUGGACGUUGCAAAAGUUAUAAAGAAUCCUCGUUACUAGUGGCCAGGCCAGAAGAGAAUUCAUAGGAAAAUAUCAAGUUAUAAUAUUCCACUGUUCUAUGCGUUUUCCUACUUUUUCAAAAAGAUACAGAUGUAUAAAAAGUUGUUCGAAUUGUGAAUAACUAAAAAAAAUCUAGUUUAAUUCUAGUCCUGUCGAAAACUAAUCUCUUCGCAUUAUAUCUUUGUUCUCUUGGAAAAAUUCCCAGGAAGUUGAAUGUACGAUAAUACAGUUUGCCAGUAGAAUCGAGCAGAACAUUGUGACAAGUCAAUUGGUGUCCGCAAUACCUAGAAUUGUGUUUCACGAAUUGAAACUAAUUGUAAAUAACUAUAGAAUCUAUAUCGUAUAUCGUUUCGAUUUUGUCAAACGAUUCCGUUAUCGAUUAGACUCUAUUCACAUAUUUCUGUUAACAUUCCCCAAUAGAAGUAUAUUUUAUUCAAAGUGACUAUGAAAUCGACGAAAAGUGCAAUAAAAGUUAAUAAGAAAUGAUCAAAUGUGUUUUAAAAGGAAUAAUAGUUUUCCUUAUAAAAUUCAAUAUGUAAGACUGCGGAAAUGUGAGAAGAAUUAAAUUGUUAAAAAUUAU